AUGAAAUUCAAGCUCUAUCAAAUGGAUGUGAAAAGUGGCUUUUUAAAUGGAUAUAUUAAGGAAGAAGUAUAUGUUGAGCAGCCACCUGGUUUCGAAGACUUUGAAUACCCUAGUCAUGUAUACAAACUGAAGAAAGCCUUAUACGGAUUAAAGCAAGCACCACGGUCAUGGUAUGAAAGAUUAAGUGAAUUUCUUGUAAAGAAAGGAUACUCAAGAGGAAAAAUUGAUUCCACCCUUUUCAUCAAAAGCUCAAAUAAGGAUAAACUUUAUGUACAAAUUUAUGUUGAUGAUAUUAUCUUUGGUUCCACUAAUUCUAUGUUGUGCAAAGAAUUUUCAAAGGUUAUGCAGGAAGAAUUUGAGAUGUCCAUGAUGGGAGAGCUAACAUACUUCCUUGGUCUGCAAGUGAAACAAACCAUAGAUGGCAUAUUCAUUCAUCAGUCAAAAUACUGCAAUGAUCUGUUGAAAAGAUUUCAGAUGCUGGACUGCAAAGAUGCUACUACUCCAAUGGCUACUAACUACUACUUGGAUCUAGACGAGACUAGUAAAAGUGUUGAUCAAAAAAUGUAUCGAGGUAUGAUCGGAUCAUUACUUUAUCUUACUGUCAGUAGGACUGACAUCAUGCAUAGCCUUUGUCUCUAUGCUAGAUUUCAAUCUGAUCCUAAAGAGUCACAUCUCACAGUUGUUAAAAGAAUUUUAAAGUACCUCAAAGGUACUAAAAAUCUUGGUCUGUGGUAUCCAAAUGGAACAAAUAUGUUUCUAACCGGGUAUAGUGAUUCAAAUUUUGGUGGUUGUAAAUUGGACAGGAAAAGUACUAGUGGAACAUGUCAUUUACUAGGUUCAUCUUUAAUCUCUUGGAACUCGAAGAAACAGGCUUAUGUGGCUCUGUCCACCACAGAAGCGGAGUACAUAGCAGCGGGAAGUUGUUGUGCACAGUCUCUUUGGAUAAAGAGUCAAUUAGAGGCUUAUGGCAUUAGGAUAGACAACAUUCCUUUGAAGUGUGAUAGUACUAGUGCUAUAAAUUUGACUAAGAAUCCAAUCUUGCACUCAAAAACUAAGCAUAUUGAGAUAAGACAUCAUUUCAUUAGAGAUCACAUAAACAGGGGUGAAAUCAAAAUUGAAUAUGUUGAUACACUACAUCAGUGGGCUGAUAUCUUUACAAAACCUCUGAAUAAAGAAAGGUUUUUUACGAUUUGA